CGCUUACCAAGUGAAAUGGAAAUCUUUGAACCCAUCAAGAAUUUCAUUGAUCGACCGAAAUCUACAUUUUAUCCUGAAAUUAACCGUUCCCACCGUCCGCAUCUACGAGGUCUUUCACAGAGCUCUCACAAUCUCAGUGCAACUGGGGCCCCUGCUAACAGUAGUGGGAAAGGUCGAUCUAGGUCUCGUCUGCGUCUUCCCUUCUCUCGGGGAAAUUUAGCCUCAAAUGACGAAGAGAAUGUGCUAGAUGACAAGGACACCCUGUCCAAUCAAUUUGGUAUUUUCGGCCGGCUUCCGAAAGAGGCGUGGCCAGAUUGCAGGGUCUCAAUGUCUGUUAUGAGUCUCUUUGUGGUUGUCUUCUACAAGGGGAGUUUAACAGAAGGAAUUUUUCGAAAAUCUGUCCUAAUGUCUCAGCUACAAACAAUGAUUCAAAGAGUUGAUACGGAUGAAGAUCCGUUGACGAUUGAUGAAUGUUCUCCGCUGUGUGCUGCGAAUAUCCUAAAGAAAUACUUCAGUGAAAUACCAGGUCACCUUCUCAUUGAUGACAAAUGGGAUGAAUGGUGCAAGUUGAUAACCUUCAAAACCGAUGAAGAGAUUGCGAAUUAUGCUAAAAAAAUACUACGAGAACUUCCCGAUAUCAAUCAGUCUCUUCUUACCUUCCUACUUUUCACUCUCGCUCAAAUUCGAGUGAAUUCCGCCGUGAACAAGAUGUCUGUAGAGGCUCUCGCAACUGUGUGGGGACCGAAUCUUCUUGAACGCCCAAAUGCUGCUCCUUCUGUUGAAGAUAGCAACAUGUGCACCUCGAUAAUUUCCUGCCUUCUGGGUCCUUUCACUAAUAUCUGCGUGCUCGGUGAAUCCAGCACCGAUUUCCGUCAGAAACUGUCUGCUUUCUUUGAUGAAAUUUGGGGACAGAUGAUUCCUAAGGGGCCAAAUGGGGAGAGUGCCUCCAAACCGCCUCCUGAGGGUAUUAGUAUCUUAGAGCUUCCAGAGGCAAAAACAGAGAGGAGCACGCCAACAGAGAACCCACCAAUAGAAAGUCCAAAGUUGGUAGAACCACUCCAGGCGAAAGAGAAACGUAGUUCUUGGUUGGUCCAUUCUCACAGUGUCGAAGAGCCGGUGGAAGUCGUAAGUAAUUUCAGACGGUACUUACGAACCAUCAAAAAGGACUCAAAGUCUUCAAGCAGUCAAGAGAGUUCUGAUCUUCCACCACCAAUUCCACCACGAAAUCGUCGAAAGAGCACCUCUUGCUCACCGGGCCUUCCUGUCACAAGUAUCACGCCCAACCCAGGUGACUCAGAUAUCCCUCCACCACUGCCAGCUCGGGCAUACACCAGUCCUCAAACCUUAUUCCUCUCUCCUCGUGAAAAUCGAAGGAAGUGCAGUAUGAACAACAAGGACACUGUUUCAUUAACUGGUACUACCGUGGUUGAUCGUAGACGAAGUUUCUCACGACGGAGGCACCCAUCUCGAAGUCCAGUUCGAUCUUGCACUAUCGAUAUAGGUUUGAGUCCAAAUGACCGACGAGGUUACAUGAUUGGCGACAGUUUUGAGGACUACGAUAGUUUGAGCCUAGUAGCACCAUCCAAAUCUAAACUUAAAUCUGUUGAAACUACCACUAAUAUCCCUACGAUUCAGCGAUCGACUAGUGAUGUAGAUGCAAAUCUGCAAAAUAAACAGAUAAUAACGAGGAAAAGGGUGGAUGAUUUAAAAGAUUUUCCCACAUUCCAUGAGAACAAUAUUAAUUCUGAUGGGACCGACUACCCGUGGAAUACUGUGUCUGCUCGAAGAACUAGUUCAAGAAACCAUCGAUGUGAAACACGUUGGACGUGUGGAUUCUAUGAAAUUCCCACUUUUGAUGCACCUGUGAAAUAUGAUAAGACAGAAGGUAUUUCAGCAAGUUCACGUAGAGUACAAUCUGAUGCGGUGAAAGAAAUCAAGCCUGCUCCAGUGCGGCAACGUCCAACAGCUAUUUAUCUAGAUGAAAAUGCUAAUGUCGUGUUCCCUGAUGUAAAAAAGAUUACUCCAGCCCAGGAGGUUCCAGUUGGAAUAUGCCGUCGAAUUAGUUCCAUCUACGAACAGAAGAAGAUGCAAUCAACUGACUGCGGGUGGCGAAAUCCGCCUCUUAGGAACAGUAUAAUGGGUACAGAUCAACUCAACUCCUCGUUUCAAGGUACUGGAACACAUUUGAGUCGAGGUAGUUCGCAUGCAUCUACAGGUUCAAGUACUUCCACAACUCUUGGUCCGAACUAA